ACAGCAGUGGUGGAUGGGUGGACUGGCCAGAGGCACAGAUGCUCUGCGCCUGGCCCAGCUAGUUUAAAAACAAACAAACCAAAACUUUCUGUCUUAAGGAACUAUAGAGAAAAAAAGGAGUUUUAAAGAAAAACUAAAGCCCUGUUCAAAUAUUGAGCACAUGUGUAAUCUAUAUACAAUGUACGAAUAUACAAAUCUUUAUGAGCAUAUAGUCAUUCCCACGUUAUGCUUUACACAUCUAUAGUAGUGCACUUUUUGUCUAUUCUGCAUUUGAGGGAGCUGAACCCAGGUUCACUUUUAAAAUGAGCACAGGUCAAUCAUUCACAGAAAUACAUAUGGCGGGCGUACAGACACCUGUAUGCAUGUAAUGACUGAACAGGGCUUAAACAUUAAAUAAAUAAAAAUAUGUAAAUGCUAAGGAAAGGCUGAUCUAUAGGCUCUGACAAGGAAGAACUCCCCCCCACACCCCACCCCGCCCCAAAGCAGGACUGGUUAAUUUUUCUUUAAUGGCUGCAGCCCUCCACAGACACCUCAUACUAUGAUGAAGCUGUCUUCUGAGAGGGAUUUUACAGAGGCCCCUGAUAGACUUUAAGGGCACUGGGUAGCACUAAACCAGGGCUGUGCGGCUUGCCUGCAAAUGUUGGCCUACAACUCCCAUAAUCCGUGGCUAUUGGCCACUGUGGCUGGGGAAUAUGGGAGUUGUAGUCCAAAAACAGAUGGGAGUGGGACUAAACUGAGCAGGCCUGCUAAACCAAAUGAGGAGGAAUUAGCAUUAAUGUUGUGUUCAGGUAUGAUGAAAAAUUUUCAAAAAAUUUAUGUCUAUAUAAACUGCUUUGGGAACUUUUGUUGAAAAGCGGUAUAUAAAUAUUUGUUGUAUUCGUAUUGAAUAAAUUGUGGCCUGUCCCCUUAAAUACAACCUAGCCUCCUCCCAUGCUUCACUUCCCUUUCCUUGCUGCAGGCCAGAGAUUUUAGAGCCCUCCCAGCAAGCUAUACUUCUGUUACUACUGAGACCUGAGUGGACCCUGAAUGAUAAUUCAACAGACCAUAUUGGUCCCUUGACUUACGAACUACUCAACAUCCGAAUUUUUUGACUUACGAACAAAAAAAGUGGCCGCACGCUUACGAAUUUUUCGACAUCUGAACGGAAAACCGUUGGUGGUUUUAGAUGCGGUUUACUCGACUUACGAAUUUUUCCGAAUAUUUUUUUUCGAAAACUGCUUCUCCCAUGGCGCUUUGCGUAUGGGAGGCUUUAAAACCCCUGUGCCAUGCUUCCAGACCUCUGUGGGUUGUACGAGGCGUGGAGUGAGGAGGUGUGGAGUGGCGUUGGAGAGAGAGAGAGAGAGAGAGAGAGAUUUGGAGCCAGUUGGAGUUGCUUGGAGAGUGUUGGAGUUUCUUUUUCCUGCAAUUCUCUACUGCUGGAAAGGUACUGUAGGUUGAGAGGCUGAGCGUCAUGUGGCGGUCCAACGCCAAGGCCUGGGUCACACGGGUCCUGUUUGUGGACUGGGUGAACCAGGUGUUUGGUCCAACAGUGAGGAGGUACCUCCAGGAGAAGAACCUGCCCCUGAAGGCCAUCCUCUUGAUGGACAAUGCUCCUGCACAUCCUCCUGGGCUGGAAGAAGACUUGGCGGAGGAAUUCAAGUUCAUCCGAGUCAUCUUCCUGCCACCCAACACCACACCCCUCAUCCAGCCGAGGGACCAGCAACUGAUUGCCAACUUUAAGAAGUUGUACAUGAGGGAGCUGUUCCGGCGUUGCCUGGACAUGACGGAUGGGUCAGGCAUCAUUCUGGCUGACUACUGGAAGCACCAUUUCGAUAUCGUGAGCUGCCUGCAGCUCAUCAAAACUGCGUGGGACAGUGUCAGCCAGAGGAACCUCAACAGUUGCUGGAAGAACUUGUGGGCAGCCUGCGUUGCCUCCACUGAAUCCAGCACACAAGAGCAGGCCGUGGUAGAGGAGAUCGUCUCCCUGGGGCAGACCAUGGGCCUGGAGGUUUCAACACAGGACGUGGAAGAAUUGGUCGAGGGACACAACCUUGAACUUUCCACCGAGGACCUGUUGAGCCUGCAGGAACAGGAGCAGCAAGGGGUGCAGCCAGACACACCUGAGGAGCAGGAGGAAGAGCCAAGGCAGUUGCCUUCGUCGUCUUAUAAGAGGGCCUGCGAACUGUGGGGAGAGAUGCAGACCUUUGUGAACGAUCUCAGUGAGGAUCAGGCUGCAGCCCAGGAAGCUCUGGAGCACUUUGAUAAUGUGGUCAUUGCCCCAUGGCGAGCAAUGCUCCGCAAGAGACAGAGGCAGCAGACCAUGGACCAGUUUGUGGUGAAGCAGGCAAGGCAGGAGGAAAUGUUGGCUGAGGCUGAGGCAUGUUGAGUGUGCCUGCCUGCCUUUAAAGUGCCCUGAAGUGACCUGCAUCAGGUCCCCAAAAAAUGAUAAAGUGCUGUUGUAAAUGUUUAUUGUUGAAAAGUAAUGUUGCUGUGCAGUUUGCAUGUCUUUAAAGUGCACUUGAUAAAGAGUU